AUGGAACACUCCCCCGGGAACGAUCUCGAUUCGACUAGUCAAGAGCGUAUGAGCAUCGGCUGCUCCAUGGAGUUCCAUGUCAUCAUGAACGCGGACAAGCCGAACGAUAUCACAAAGACACAGCUAAAGGUCGUCGACAUCAGCACGCCCUCUGCGCCGACAUCCUACCUCACACCCGACCUCCUCGAAGACUCCUCGUUUACGGCCGAUCUUAGCAAGGUAUACAGGGUGAGUUGGACGGGCAACGGCGGCAUGUACGGCUUUGCGCCCAAGCUGGAGCGCUUCCACGAGGUCAUUGUCACUGGAGAAAACGAAUGCGAGGUCAGGUCGUGGGAGAUCAUGACUGGCAUGCUGUCAAGGGUUGUCAAGCUGAUGAUGGAGGACACAUUGAAGGGCAAGGUUGCCCUCUGGUGCGAGGAUCUGAAGCGGUAUUGUGAGAAACAACAUAGCGGAGGCGCGGCGGCUUGA